AUAAGUAAUAUUUAAUACAAAUUUUCACUUUGCCAAUUGCCAAAACACAAUCAUAAUUUUUGAGCGGCAAAAUUAAAACUCAAUAACAGUAAACAUUGAUAUUUUUUAAUUUAUUAGUUUUAUAGGAUGCGUGUCACGUUUACCAGUGACCAGUAUUACCUACAAAUUACAGUUUAUACAAAAGGUUAUCAACAAUUAUGGCAUCAACUAAGUGUAAAGUUGAAUCAGGUAUUCAGUUACUAGUCCGAUUAACAAAAAAAUCAGGAAUUGAAAGAUUUUACCCCACUGUUUUUGGAAAUGGACCAAAUCAUGGAGAUUUUAUUGAAAUAUAUAGUGAAGAAAGUACAGCUUGUCUUCUCGCUGAAUUUAUAUGUGAAUCAUUAAUUCCUAAUGAAUUAGGUGGACCAGAAGCUAGUAUUAUAGUUUUCAAUACUGAUGGAAAAUUAACAUUGGAUUAUCUUAUAAAUGUAGCAAAGAAUAAAAUUUUAAAAUUAUCCAAAGACAACACUAAUAAGUCAUCAAAUGAUACCAACAAAUUACUUAAUUCAAUAUUAAAGAAUUUGUUUAUUCUAGAUACGUAUGAAACUACACAAUUUUAUAUAAGUAUACAGAAUUUAGAUUUUUUUUUGAUUAGGAACCCAAAUAUAUCUUUGAUAAUAUUUGAUACACUGACAGCAUUUUAUUGGGAAGAACAAAAUUUACAAAAAGUCAGCAAAAUGGAUUUGUAUUUAAAGAAGUUACUUCGUAUGAUAUACAAAGUUGUUAAAGAUUUUAAAGUUACAGUUAUGUAUAGCAGACCAGAAUAUUUUAGCACUAGCAAAGAACCUAUAGAAAAACUGGAACCCUGUUGUGAAUUUCCAGUAAUUGAGCAAAUCAAUUAUAGAAUACAGAUAGUUUAUAAUGACAAUGGCCAGAACCACAUUCAUGUGAGGACAUAUGAUAAGGAGUUUAAAAUUUUUUUUAAUAUACACAAUGGUGAGAUUAUGUGGAUGUAAAAAAUUACUACAAUGUAAGAAA